AUGCGUAAAAGGCUAAAAAAUACAAAAUAUCAUCACGGAGGGUAUAUCAAAUCUGGCAAGGAUAGGAGUAUCCUCCUGACAGAUAGUCCUAGUAUUGCGCAUAGCACUGAUGCUCCCGAUACUCCUGAUACUUUGCGUAUUACUGAUACUUUGCAUAGAUUUAAUAAUUUACACACAUUUUUUACUAAUAUCACGGAUAGAGCCCAUAGUGUGCAUAGCACUGAUGCUUCCGAUACUCUGCAUACUACGCAUAGUAUUAAUAUUUUAAGAUAUAUGCGCUCCGAUGCUACAAAAUUAUCUUCUGCAGAUUAUGAAGAUAUCAUGCAAUACCGAGAUAUGAUAUCCAAGCCUCUGGAUCAAUUAAGAAAGAAAUUCCAUGUAUCAACUUCUCGUUUAUAUCAGAUUUGGAGAGGACAGGAGGUAGGAAGGGUCGAAUGGAACUAUUCAGCAGUCCCGCUUUCUUACCCAAGUACAAAUGUUAUAGAUAAACAGGAUGUACCAGAGUCCAUUGGGAAUCCUAAUGAAGAGCUCCGCAUAGUGUGUAGACUUCUGUAUUAUAAUAUUCCUGGAUUUUGUCCGAAUGCCAAGGAAUUGCAAAAAAAAUGCCAAGACGAAGGGUUCCGAAGUUUCCAAUUGCGGGAUGUUGCAAAGUGGUUAGGAAAUAGCUUAGAAAUCUGGAUUGCGAUUAAAGAUAUCUAUGAGGAUCCUUCUAACCCCCUUACAUGGCCAAAAUUAUUAAUGACUGAUGGUGAUGCUUCGUUCCGAGGCGCAUUUUUACGAGGAAUGCAACAGUAUAAUAUCCCAAUACGUGUUGUCGAUCUUUAUAGUUUUGAGAGUUUGGCUUUUAUUAAAGCAUUUAAGAAAAGAAUGGCAGUAUUAACAUAUAAGGUCCAAUAUGCUAUAGAGGGACGAUUAACUGAUGGGGAGCGAUCAAGGAUAUUUAAGAGAAUCCUUAAGAAAAACGAUGAACGCCGAUGCCGAUACAUUUUUGAGGAUCUACUAGGCAAGAAAUUUCCAUCAUGUAGGCCGAAUUUUUUGGAUGGGAUGCAACUCGAUGGAUAUAACGAGGAGUUGCGACUAGGAUUCGAAUUUCAUGGUAGGCAACACUAUACUCUUAAUUCUAUGUUUCAUAGGAAAGGCCAGAUAGAUUUGGAUGAACAGAAAAUGCGCGAUCAGAAGAAGCGGGAUAUAUGCAAGGAUCAAGAUAUAUGUCUUAUCGAAGUUCCCUAUACAUGUGACCUUUUCCCUUACAUUAAGCAUACUCUAAUCGAGAAAGGGUUCUUGAGUGAAGCGAAGCGGUCCCAGAAGGACCAGCCCAACACUUGA